AUGUCUGAUCCCAACCAUGGCCCCGGGCCCCUCGAGCCCGUCAAGCGAUAUCUCGUCAAAGGCCUCGCAAGCGGCAUCGGCCUAGCCUCCGAAGGAAUAACCUCCUACAAAGAGCGAAAGCGCCUCCGCAAAGCCUGUCUCUCCCCGGACUCAACCUCCCGUUCCCACACUCCAACAUCUCCUCGUUCCUCAGACGAGAACCGCCCUACGACCAGACAACUAGCAACGCCCCCUCUCUCAGACCACGAAAAAGACGACGACUUCAAGGACGAAAAGCUAUGGAAGCUAGACGAGGCUCAGGACCAACUCAGUCCGCCGCCGUACACAGAACGAGCAACAACCCCCAACGGAAGCAGAAGCACAUCUCCCUCCGUCGAAGUCAUCGAGAAAUUCCUCCAAGACUAUCCCGCUCCAGAAUAUGAAACCGGUGUCAAACUCUCUCAACCCGUCAUCCUCCCGCAGAAGAGACCCAAGACCCGUUCCCGCGGCUUCAUCAGAGCAUAUGCCCCUUCUCUUGGUCCCUGCGGCAUCUCGCAAGACAUGUUCCUCGACUUUAUAACAACCUUUGACACAUCCACCCAGUCGUCGCCGUGGCUCGACGCCAUCAACCUCGCAUCAAUAGGACUCUCCUUCAUCCCCCAUUUCCCCAUGCUUGUCGGCAUCGCCAUCCAGGUAUCCAUCUCCGCCGCCAAAGACGUCCAGAGCAGAACCCGCACCAACUCCUUCCUCGACAAGGCCAACUCGCAGAUCUUCAUGCCCCGCGGCCUGUACUGCCUCAUCAUGACAUACAGUCCCGAAGACGACAACGAAGCCCAUCAUCUGCCAGGCACGAACGUUUCAUCCGCAAUCAUAUCCAAAGCCAACAGCACGGGAAUGCAAAAGUUUCAGAACCGCUUCCGCGAAGCGAGUGGCCACGCGUGCGAGGCGGAAAUCCCCGAAUCCGCACCCCUUGUUUUCCCAGGUCUCGGUCAGGACCUGACGCCCGAGGAUGUGGAGGAGUCCAAGAACGCGAAGGAGAAGAUGAAGAAGGCGCAAAAGUACAUCACGGACUAUUAUGACAAGCGGGCGCAAGCCAAGUUUGCGGGAAAGCACGCGGGAAGUAGUCUUGUCAAGGGGCCGGGGGUGAAGUUUACGUCGAGGUUUGCGGAUCCGAAUCAUCCAGCGGCGAGUGGUUCUUUUCGGUCGUUGAUUACGGGAGGGUAUAUCACGCCGCCGGAUAUGGGGAGUAGGAGUUCGGGAAGGAUGGAGGAGAGGAGGGAGGAUGGUCGUGAUGAGUACUCGCGGGGACGGGAUGGUGAUUUGUAUAGCCGGUAUGGAUAUGGUAGAGAAGAGGAGAGAUAUGUGAAUCGGCCGAGUUCGAAUGCUCCUGCGCCGCAUGCCCCGUAUGGAGGACAGAGUCGUUCACAUACACCGUCAAUGGCUUCACGGAGGUCACCCAGAGAUCAGGAUCUUAUCCGUCUUGGUCCAGUAGGUCUGCCUACACCCGGGAGCCUUGUCAAGAAGGCUUUGAAAAAGAAUAUCCUCUACAUGAUGGUUGUGAAUAUGCCCUCGGACGAAGAACUCGCUCUUGCAGCCGAACAUCUCCAACAAUCCCGCUCCAAAGGCAUCAACAUGUCCGACUUUAUCACUCACCUCCGCGGCCAUUAA